UUUUUUAUUAUUUCCUUUUUAUUAUUAUUAUUAUUCUUAUUUAACACUAUUAUGACACAAGGACAAUUUAUUGGCGCUAUUGAUCAAGGAACGACUUCUACAAGAUUCGUUAUUUUUGAUAAAAAUGGAAAAUUAUUAACAUAUCAUCAAAUGGAAUUUGAGCAACAUUAUCCACGUCCAGGUUGGGUUGAACAUGAUCCAUAUGAUAUUCUGGCGUCUAUAGAUACUUGUAUUGAACAUGCUGUUCAUAAACUUUCAUUAUUAGGACAUCAUCCUUCUUCUAUUCAAUGUGUAGGCAUCACAAACCAACGUGAAACAACUAUAGCGUGGGAUAGUGAAACAGGCCAACCUCUUUAUCCAGCUAUCGUUUGGAGUGAUAAUCGUACUGCUCAAACUGUACAAGAAUUAAAGAAGACCGGAUCUAUCGAUUUUCUUCGUUCUAUAUGUGGUUUACCAUUAACAACUUAUUUUUCAGCAGUGAAACUUAAAUGGAUGUUGGAUCAUGUGCCUGAAGUAAAAGUAGCAUAUGAAAAUAAUAGAUUACAAUUUGGUACAGUCGAUAGUUGGAUCAUAUAUAAUCUAACUGGCGGAAUUGAUAAAGGAGGUGUGUUUGUUACAGACGUUACAAAUGCAAGUAGAACUAUGUUAAUGGAUAUUCAUACACUUCAAUGGAGUGAAAAAGCAAUAAACUUUUUUGGCUUUCAAGGUAUUAAAUUAGCUAAAAUUGUACCCUCAUCAAGUGUAUUUGGUAAAUUAUCAAGUGGCUCAUUAAAGAAUAUACCCAUCAGUGGUUGUUUAGGGGAUCAGCAGAGUGCAUUAGUAGGGCAAAAAUGUUUUCAUGUAGGUGAUGCGAAGAAUACAUAUGGUACAGGCUGUUUCAUGCUUUUCAAUACAGGACUUCAACCUGUCCUUUCUAAUAAUGGUCUUUUAACGACAGUGGCCUAUCAAUUUGAAGGUCAAUCACCUGUUUAUGCUCUAGAAGGCUCAGUUGCUGUCGCUGGAUCCUCUAUUCAAUGGUUACGUGAUAAUCUAGGAAUCAUUCAAGAUGCAAAAGAAAUUGGUCAACUAGCUGCUAAAGUAAAAGAUACGGCAGGUGUUUAUUUUGUAACAGCCUUUAGUGGAUUAUUUGCUCCUUAUUGGAGACAUGAUGCACGAGGAACGAUCUGUGGACUUACUCAGUUUACAAAGAGAGAACAUAUUGCUCGUGCUACAUUAGAAGCUGUUUGUUAUCAAACAAGAGCUAUUUUAGAAGCUAUGAAUAAAGAUGCAGAUCAACCUUUAAGAUCACUUAAAGUAGAUGGGGGUGUUUCUAAUUCAGAUGAAUGUAUGCAAAUUCAAGCUGAUGUAUUAGAUGAUAUCGAAGUAGAACGACCAGAAAUGAGAGAGACAACCGCAUUAGGUGCUGCUAUUGCUGCCGGUUUGGCGAUGGGCAUAUGGAAGAAUAUGGAAGACGUAGUAAAAGUGAAUUCGAAUAACACGAUUAUAUUCAGGUCAAAAAUUUCAGCUCGUAGGAGAGAUAAGAUGUAUAAUGGUUGGAAAGAAGCAAUUACACGUUCUUUUGGAUGGGCCGAAGUAGUUGAUCAACACUGUGAUGACAAUGAUUAUUAACCAAUGUGUCUAUAUAACAUCACUUAACGUUAUUGAUUAAAGAAUCUCUACAUUCAAUUUUAAUCAAAAAAAAACUUUAACAUUAUUGUGUAUUUAUGCUUAAUUGAAAAAAAAAAGAAAACAUUAUUUUUUAUAUAAAAAAAUAAAUAAAUAAAAUAGUUUUG